UUUCAACAUGGCGAAUUUCGAUAUUGAUGAAUCGCUUCCGACUAGAGACUCCCACUUGCACGAAGUUAUGACUUCUCAAGGAGAAAUUAAUUUAAUAAAGGCUUUUGGGGCUGGAGAUGUUCACGGCUCUGAAGAUAGCAAGGAAUUUGUGGCUGAGAACAACGAUGGAGAGCAAAAACCGGCUGUUCACAGAACUUUGGAAAAUGGGUCAAACACUUCAGAUUCAACGGAUAGAACUGAGGUGAGCGAAAAGAGCAGUGAGAAUAUUAAUGAAUUAAGAACGAUACAUCAAAGCGCUUCAGAAACACCGAAUCUCGAUUCAUUGGAACCUGGAGAACAGGAAAAAGUGCUUGAUAAUAAUGUUGAAAAGAAAGAGAACUCUCCAAACGACACAAGUCAAGCAGAAGCUGAGGUUUCACUAUCCCCAGCUGAAACUAACAGCAGUUCCAAGAGUAUUCAGGAAACUUCAACUGCUGAUCAUGAAAGUGGCAGUCACAGGUCUCCAAAUAGGGAGAGUAAGGCUGAGUAUAGGAAGAUCAAAAGUGAAGUGACAGGAGAAGCAGAAACGUCCGAAAGCGAAGGAGAAGAAAAGGAUAUAAAGACUAAUGAUCAAACGGAAGAUACUUGGAUGGAUAUACUAGGCAAUGGGCUGCUUAAGAAAAGGGUAAUAAAAACAUGUUAUUUUAAGUUUCUUCAUAACGGGCAGGAAUUGGUGAAACGCGGGUAUACGCAACAUAUGACCGCAUAUUUUGCAGGUGCAAGUGAUCGGCAAUACCAGUACCAUUUGUAAAUGUUAUUCACCUGUGUUCUGGAUGGGAACUGUCCGAGUUAAAUAUGUGUGAUUACCCUACCUGGAUUUCCCAGACUCCCAAGAUCUGAUUGCUAACUCUCCCAUCUUGCUGUUACACAUUUCCUUGUAAUUUAGUCACAAGAAUUUGAUGUUUUAUUACACCCAUUUUGAAAUCACUGGUUGCAAAUUAUUCAUAAUCGCACCAUUUUUUGCUUUAAAUCACAUCUUCUUCUCAGCCAAUGAGGAAGCUAUACUAAAAACAAAACAACCAAGCAAAGUUUUAAGCCGGGUCAGCUCAUAAUUUUCGAUUUCCUUGGCAAUUCCUUUCUCUAAACAACACUUUUUCCAAACCAACAACCAAAAAGGCAGUGCUUGUAGCAGUGUUUUUGUUGUUAGAGCUGUUUUUCAGCUGCAGUGAUGAAAGAAAACCUACUCAAAAUACUGGCUAUUGUUUCACUCGCAAUUUUUCAAAUUUUUGUUGCAACAUCCAAGGCUCGCAUUUGAUUGGCUAUCUGUGGGUUUCUUUGAUUAUUGACCAAUUAGAAUGUCUGGUUUGUUACUUCUUUUGCACUGAAUUAACUCUCUUCUGCACUGAAUUUCCUGAAAACUGCAUUUAUCUUAACCAAUCAGAACUAAGUAAUUUUUUCAUGUAUAUUAUUACAGCCCAAAUUGCACUCCACUCGGUUCAACUACCAUUAUAUAUCAUAAUAUCAACCUCUAAUUGAUAAGUUCAUGUAAUCUUGUUACCUGUUUGUUGGAUAGUAUAUAGAUAUUGUAGGGAGAAGUUACAUGUAAAUCACUUCUGGGAGUUAAAGGGUUAAGGCAUCCCAACAUCUUUAAAGGUUGCCUAACAUUCCCAAAGAUGCCCUAGUGAAUUCCAAGUUUGCCAAAUGCUUAGUUUUAGUCAUGGUUAACAUGCAAAGUAAGGUAUCAUGAGAUCAUGCAGAAGUCAAGAUCUUUAGCUAUGGAUGUGGAAGUCCUAGUGAAAUUUAAUGUUGUUUACAGAACUGAUGGUAUUAGGAAUAUAAACUUGACUCAAUUAUUCAUUCUCGUUUCCACUGAGUGAAAAAUCCUGAACUGCAAUUCAGGGGAGUAAAAUUGUCUGAAAUACUUAUGACUAACAUUUUCAAUCCAAGGCCAUGUAACACACUUAUAAUGCAUGCAAGUUUGCUGGUAUAAAGCCAUGUCCCAGCUAGUAAUAAACCUAUGUAAAUUCUUCUUCUUCUCAAUAGUAGUCUUGUCAGUAUAUAGCUUGGGUAAGGCUUUUUUGAGUUAGAGAUCUCUGUUUGGUUUGACUUGUUUCUUGGUUAACCUGAAAUUUUUACACCAAUUAACCAAGCCUAAUCAUACCUUCAGGAGAUGUCAGAAUGCCCAGUUGCUAGGGCUGACUUGGUUUUGCCAAGAUCUUGGCACUUUUGUUUUAAAAAAGAAAAUCAAUUUUGUGAUUAUAUAACAACAGACAAUGACAUUACUGGGAUCCUGGCUAACUAGGAUUGGCUCAGUUGUCAUUUAAUCAUAAAGUUGGGUUUUAUUGUGCUAUAAAAAAGUGCCAAGAUUUGGGCCAGCUGGGCUCAUGUAAUCAGGCCCUAAGUGACAAAAAUGUUGAAGGGAUGGGUGUGUUCUGUAUGAUGUGUUCUUAUCCUUGUCUUGAUACUUUAUCUUCUACUUUUUCUUGAGUAGGUGUUGCGUGAAGGGAAGGGUCAGGAUACACGACCAGACAAAGGGCAACGAGUUAUGAUACAGUCAGCUGGACGUACAGAGGAUGGGACAGCUGUUGACUGGAAUAGCAAUUUGGAAUUCAUUCUUGGAGAAGGAGAUGUUAUCCAAGGUAUUUGAAUUGGGAGGAGAAGGAUGCUUCCCUUCUGAUUUAAGCUCAGAAAAUUACUUUGGUCUCAGUCUGAGAGGAUUACAUUUAAAUGAGGCACUGGUUUUCUAUGAUUUUAUGCAUCUUUCAAGAGAUGACCACUAUAAAUAACUUUAAAUGAUGUUUGUGAAAAAUCAGCACUUGCAGGAAAAAUCCACUUUCUUUAACACUGCUUUAUGUGCAAAAAAUUAUGCGACAAAUUCAAAGACUGCUGCAAUAUGUAGAUUUAAAAUGUUUAGGUAUAACCCAUUGAAGCUCUUCAUUGAAAAAUAAUGUGCAAAAACAUUAUUUGAUAUAGACUCUAAAAAUAAACCCUUUUCAGCCUUUGACAUAGGAAUAUCCCUGAUGGAGUUGGAUGAGGUGUGUGAACUUGUUACAGAUGCAAGAUAUGCUUAUGGAAAAGCAGGAAAGUAUGUUUGUCUACAGAUUACUUUAAUAUUGCUUUGUUUAGGAAAAAAUGUCUUAAUUACUGAGUUCACUCAGAGGUUUUUGCUGACACUUCAAGUCAAAGACACAGCAAAGCAUAUCACUUUUACAAAAUUAGACUGACAAGAUUAGCUGAAAGUUUGGCUUUUAACCCAUUUUGCUCUUUUUUUCUGUUUGGCAUAGUUUGUAAUGAUCAUACUGAGUUCUUGAAAUAGACCUGCUGCAAGUUUGUUUCAUUGGGUUUAUUUUGUGGCUGAAGAAUGAAGGACAUUAUCAGGAUAACCAGGGGCAAACUCUAGGGAGUCAUUCAGUAUUAGAUGGCCUUGAGAAUUAUGUCAUUUUAUCAUCCUUCUCUCUUCCUUUUCAGGCCUGAUGCAAAACCUCCUAUCCCUCCUGAUGCUAAAAUUACAUAUGAAAUACAACUGUUGUCAGUCCGAGAUGGUCCUAAUAUUAAUAACAUGAGUGAUGAAGAGAGAAUCUCUAUUGGGUAUGGAAUUCAAAUUUGUGAUCUUGAACAUGCUUUUCAACAUUUUUUAGAACAUUUCUUCCUCAAACUGUUCUCUUAGAUAUUUGCAAUUUAGAUGGGUAUAUGCCUAAAUGAUUCAAUCUUUGUGCUUUUUUAAAUUUUUUCUUCAUGUAAACAAAUGUUGUUUCUCUUUAACACUUUUUUGAAUAUGUAGGGUGAGAUUAUUUUUUCUAGGUGCUAAACCUGUUGAACUUAGCAAAGUUACAGCCACUUAUACUGUUCCUUUUUUUUCCAAGGGAGAAAAAGAGAGAAAUGGGAAAUGAUUUGUACACUGGAGGUGACUAUGCUGGGGCAAUCAACAGUUAUCAAAGGUAUAUAAAUUUUAGAUAUUGAUCUUUAGAGGUAUUUCUUACCAAUUUAAGAGACCGCUUUUUUUACAGUGAUAAAUAUAUUCAUGCAAUUUCUUUGUUCUAAAUAACAGAUUUUCUUUUUUCCUUAUGAUUUAAGAGCCAUAAAAUAUUUAGGAUCAUCUACAUCUGAGGUUUGUAUUUUUUCAUUCAAUAUUUGUUUAUGUGGAUACCACUUAGAGCAGUUCAUAGGGUUAUGACAAUUUGCAAUUACUUGGACUUCUCCUGCGAUAUUUAGCUGGGAAAAGAAGAAUGGUAUAAGUGAUCCUGAUCUGUAAAGGGGUGUAAAAGAAAACUUUCUACAAGUAAUCAAAAAAAGAAGAAGAAGAUGGAGAAGAGGAAAGAAAAGAGGAAGUGGGAGAAGAAGUCACUUGUCAUUUCCACCUCUAUCUGGUUUUGAUUCCAGUUUGUUUGCCUUCACCUUGUGGUAUUCUUGGGAAAGAGAGGCUAAGUUCAAAGUGCUUCUUUCCACCCUGACAUUCAAUUGGGUGAUAGCAAAUUGUUACUGAAGCCCAGUGUAAUAUUUUAAAGAGGCUAUGAGUUGGAGCACAUUUGAUAGAGUAAUAUCUCAUCUGAAAGGAGAGAUUAUUCUCCUGCUGAUCAUGUCAUGUUAUGGUGGGCCGCAUACGUUAGUAUCUGCUAAAACAGUGGGUAGUAUUAAAGGCACACUCUGUUUUCUUACUCAAACUCUGAGUGUCCUUUGAUAUUCACCUACAAGCAACAAAAAUAUUGUAACCAGUGUGGGUGGCUACUGGUGGAUAUUUACCUCAUGGCUUCAGGACUCUGUAAAUAUCCACCACCAGGCACCUCCUCUCUAGUGAUUAGUCAUUAAAUAGAACGGUUGGUUUUUGUGUGCCAUGGUUGGACUUAAUUACCCAGCAGUUGCAUUUGUUUUAUUUUGAAAUGUUGUUGCACAUUUAUAAACAAAUCCAACUUAUGUCAUAUUUUACAGGAAGUACAAAACUUGAGAAUGAAAUGUUGGAAUAACAUGGCUGCUGCCCAGCUUAAGGUAACUAGUUCCUCAUUGAAAGGACUAAUCACCUGACGUCUAAACUAUGCUACCUUUGAAUUUAUACACACAUCAUAUUAUGACAAUGAUCAUUAUUUUCUAGAUAAAGGCGUACUCUGCGGCAGAGAAAUCUUGUUCUCAGGUAUUACAAGUUGAUCCUGACAAUGUAAAGGCUCUCUUCAGGAAAGGGAAGGUAUGCUCUCCAACUAAUUUCCCAGCUGUGCAGUAGCCUCCUUGUAUCUACAACAAUGUGAUGAUAUUGAUAGACAUGUAUUAAUCCCAACAGGUUUUAGCAGCCAGUGGAGAUACAGGCCAAGCCAUAGGGUUUAUUAAGAAAGCAGAUCAGCUGGAUCCAAGUAAUUCAGUAAGUUUCCCAGUUUGUAUAAAAAAAGAUUUGGGGAAAAUCUGUUAUCGCCCACCAAACGUAACUUAGGGCCGAACGCGUUCCCCUUUAUGUACGCCAGUCCUUCACGAUGGUACCAAAAGACUCUUACUGGACUUUCUUAUAUGUGAACAAUUUUUACGUAUUAGUGUUGCCUUUCUAUCUAUCUAUCUAUCUAUCUAUCUAUCUUUCAGUGUGUUGUGCUUUUUAAAAAGAAACUUGCUCCGACAUUCUCUUUCUCUAAGCUGGGAUGUGACAAAAUUGCGGUCUGACUACAGGCCAAAAACAAGGGAAAGGGACCGGGGGUGUGCCCUCACUCCAUUAUACAGACUCACUGAACCGUAUCACCAUAAAUUUACACUGAAUUUCUCCAAACCCUGUGCCUUUUAAGAGUCAUUUUGGUGGUUCGGUGGUUCUUAGGAGUCCAAUGGUUACUUUUCAGACAAUAAGAAAAGAACUCAAUCGACUGCGACAACUACUGGCUUCGGAAAAAGAAAGCGAAAGAACAAUGUAUCGACGAAUGGUAGGAGACCUAACCAGAAGAGGAAGUAAGAAAAAUAACCGAUCGGUACGUAUUGUAUUCUGUGAUCCCUUACUGCACUACAUUAUUGUAUUAGAAUAUCCAAUUUUCUACUGAAGUUCCUAACGAGCCACUUUCAGGAGAAGAUUGUAUUCAGUAAGGUUAAGCUGUGUUGAUACACGAACGAAAUAUAUAUAACAUACUAGUAUCUUUUAUCAUAUUUGGUUCUAUCCUGGUGACGAAAUAAAGGACGGUCGACAGAUUCAUUAGACCCCCCUCCCAAGCCCCCUUCUAACGAACCCUUGUUAUAGGUCAUGUGAGCUCUUGCUGCGUUCCCUGUAGACACCCUGAAAAAACUGAGAAACGCAGUGAGACUUAAUUUGUCAAAAAAACAAAACAAAAAAAAAACAAAUAGAAGAAGAAUGAGGAAAGAAAACUACUCGUGCCACAUGAUGUCUGUUUACUAGUCCCUUAUGGACAAUUGAAGUCGAGCGAUCUUGUAGUUUGAGAACUGUUGCCUGUUUUGUUUUUCAGUUUCUCGGAUGGCCGCUCGUGUUCGGAGCUACGGUUGUUGCUCUUGGAGGAAUUCUUAUGGCUAUUUACCUAACCAAGCAUUGAGGGAUUGCGUUACAAGUCUUCAAAUAUUAUGUUUUAAGUUUAAUUGUUGUCAGUUGAGUCACAUGGGGUAGUAAGUAGUCGGCCGUGUUUUGAGUCCCGCUGCUUUUACACCGUCAGUAGAUUUGGAGGCGCCAUAUGUUUGUCAAUCCCCUUGUGACGUGUCACCAUGUUAUGUAACGUAAGAUACAGCUAUGGAUGAAAUUAGUUAUCCCCAGAUUCUGCGUACGACUUAAAGGUGUGAUGUCAUCAGAGUCCAGGUUAUUUCCGAAAGAGAAAACUCCGCUUAAAUUGACUAAAACCCUAAAAUUAAGAAUCGCAAAGAAAAAUGAACAUCGCCGAGUGGAAAGUACACCAAAAAGGAACAAGAGCGAGGGAGUUUUGAAAAGAUAAGCACGGAUUGGAACUAAUGAUUUUUUAAAGAUACGUAAGACUUGACUUAGCUCCUUGAAUUACUUUGUACGCUUCCCCAGAAACCUGCAGUUAUGUUGUAGUUUUGAGAAGAUUAAUCCUUUAACUCCUAAGAUCUGAAUGUUAACUCUCUCUCGUAGCUGCUACACAUUUCCUUGUAAAUUAGUUAUUAGAACUACUACCUGAUUAGAUUAAGUAUUCUCAUUACCUAUUGUUGGGUAAUGCUUGAAUAAUGUAGGGAGACGUUACUUGUUGAUCACUUUUGGGAGUUAAAGAGUUAAUGCAAAAGUCGUGGACUCCAUGAUUGUGGCUGAUAAAUUGAUGUCACUAUUGAACAAGGCAGAUUAUGAAUGCGUGUCUCCCUGUGAGCGUGUGACU